AUGUCAAAGGCGUUCAGCUUUCCGUCUCAUUACAAUUUCCCUCCUUUCUUCACCAAACAGCCGAACAGAGAAACAAACAGCACGCGAGUUCAACUGUGGAAGGACCUUAUUCUCAACUACUGCCGGCAUCACCGGAUUUUCGUCAUCGACGUACGAGAAUCGCUGGCAACGAGCCCACUUUUCUGCAACGAGAAGAUCUCGAGGAAGCUCAGGCAAGACGAUGCAAAUGAGAUCUUUCACUACAUGGCUUCCGGUGGGUACGCGGAAUGGUAUCACCAGGAUGGAAACAAGCUCCUGAUCUACUGGAAGAAACCGUCUGAGUGGGCGACCUUAAUGUACAACUGGGCGAGAGACACGGGGCAUCUCAAUGCCGUCUUGACCUUUUACGAGAUACAGGAAGGAGACAUUUCCAUCGGGACAGAUCUGCACGGAAUCGAUCCGCUAAUCUUAGAAAAAUCUGCCAGAGUCCUGGAGCAGCAGGGCAAGGUGAUAAUAUUCUCUACGGAGGGUGGAGAAACAAGUGGUAUCAAAUUCUUAGAAUCGUAA